AUGACCAUAUCACAAGUGGACACGCUCGUGCCCCCCCUCUACCAGGCGCUCAUCGAUCCGUCGCCCUCGCUAGCCAAGGUCCUCAACUACCAGGUCAGUCUCCUUGAGAUCUUCACCCACGAGGUCAAGAAGUUGGACAGAAUCAAUGUAUGUGAUCACGAAUUAGCCUAUGUUGCCUACACCUUGACAGCCCGGUUGAACAAGUAUGCACAAGCGUUGGCGUCAGAUAAGACCAGGGCCUUCUGCGACAGCAUCCGUGACACCUUGGACCGCAAGAAGCAGGCAUAUGAUCAGGUCCGAGCCAUGCUUGAGGGCACAACCACCACCCAGCUGCAGAAGGUACUUCUCAUUGACUACAGGGCCACGAAGGACUUCAACCACAACCACAUCAACUACUCCGAAAUCAUAAAUAUAGAGCCUUCGAUUGUCCAGUCACUCUUCUCGCUGGGCGCAUCCUCGGUCACUGACCAAGACCUCGAAUCAAAGCUUAAGCUCCACUUGCCAGAAGACAAGUUCCAAAAGUUCCAAAAUCGAUACAAGUACGACAUGGUGGUAUUCUACAACUUCCGUUACGGUCCUUCUACCCCAGGUAUGAAUCGUUUUCAGGCAUUAAUUCAAGCAUUGAUUGAUGAGGACACCACCUAUGUUCCUUCCAAGAACCCUUUUAACACAUUGACCGAACUACUCAUGUUCAACAACAAAUACAUCAGUUCGAGAUUGAGAAACCACCCAUGCUUUCUUAUUGGUGGUGUUUACGCAUGGCACCAGACCUUUGGAGACAAAGAUCACAUUACUCGCCCUAAUGGUAGCUCGCCAUAUUUGAAGAAUUUUGGAGAGUACUUAUCCACAGCAAACACAACCUCAGAAACUCCAAUUUCAAAUACAUUCACUCAGGCCUCGUCUAGACCAGUAUCGGCAAACACUCACAUUGGUGCAACUGCAUACGAACCUGAUUCUCCACCUGUUCAGCAAGCUCCAAGAAGACCCUCCAGAACCCCUUCUUUAUCUUCAACUACAUCAAGCAUCACGAAAGCUGUGUCAAAAAACAGUUCAAAUGGCUCUUCAACUUCGUCAAAUGGUACGACAAACUUAAGCAGUUCCAAAUCGGCGAGUCCUGUCAAGUUUUUAGAACAAUACACCACAGGACUUGUUAAUCUUGGAAACUCAUGCUAUAUGAAUUGUAUUAUUCAAUGUUUGGGAGCAACUCCUCAAUUAACGAAGUUUUUCUUUCCCACAGUAUCAGCAGCGAUGCUGUCAAAUCAAGCAAUUCAGUCAUAUCGGCAACAUAUAAAUGUGAAUAACAAGCUUGGCUCGAAGGGAAUUCUUACGACCAAUUUCGUUACAUUGUUGGUGAAUAUGUUUAACAAUAAUGGAAAAUCAUUCUCACCCAAUAACUUCAAAAAAGUAAUGGGUUCUUUGUCACCAGGAGGUCAGUUUGCAUCUUUUGAUCAGCAGGAUUGUAAUGAAUUUCUCAACUUCCUUCUCGAUGGACUUCAUGAGGAUUUGAAUCAAAUAGUCAUCCAAAAUCCAGAGGAGAAGAAAGCAAUUCUUGAACUAACUCCAGAGCAAGAAAAGACCCGUGAAUUAUUACCAAUUAGAUUAGCAUCAACAAUUGAAUGGGAAAGAUACUUGAAGUUGAAUUUUUCCAUUAUUGUUGAUUACUUCCAAGGCCAAUACUUGUCACAGUUAAGGUGCUUAGAAUGUGAGUUGACUUCAACGAGCUACAAUGCAUUCUCCAGUCUCUCUUUACCCAUUCCUGAAAAGUUAGGAUCUUUACAUUCACAGGUACUGUUAGAUGAUUGUUUGAAAGAAUUCACAACGACUGAAUUAUUGGAUGAUAAUAAUAAGUGGCAUUGUCCAAGGUGUAAGAAAUUUACCAAGCUGACCAAAAAAAUCUCUAUCACAAGAUUACCCCAGGUUUUGAUUGUGCAUUUCAAGCGUUUCAAAAUUACUCCACAAGGGUAUUUCAACAAGUUGGACAAGUUCGUGGUGUAUCCAGUUCAAGAAACUUUGGAUCUUACUAAGUAUUGGCCUGGAGUUGGUACGAUUCUCAAUAAGAAUAGUGAUGUUAUGAGUGUUGAAAAGGAAGAGCAGAUAUUAUCAUCAUUGCCGGUGAGAAAUCAGGUACCUCCAUUCAGAUACAAGUUGUAUGGAGUAGCCAAUCAUUUUGGUAAUUUGACCACAGGUCAUUAUACUUCAUAUGUGUACAAAGAAAACGAUAACAAAAAAACAAGAGGGUGGUGCUACUUUGAUGACUCAAAAGUCACCUACAAUUGUUCUCCUAGCCAAGUUUUGAACAAGAAUGCCUAUUGUUUAUUUUAUCAACGAGUGUGA